AUGUGCCACACCAGCUGCUCCUCGGGCUGCCAGCCAGCCUGCUGUGUGCCUGUGAGCUGCAGGCCCGCUGUAUGCAUUCCUGUGAGAUGCCAAUCCUCUGUGUGUGUACCCGUGAGCUUCAGGCCCUCCUGCCAGUCCUCUGUGUGUGUGCCCGUGAGCUGUAGGCCCUCCUGCCAGUCCUCUGUGUGUGUGCCCAUGAGCUGCAGGCCCACUGUGUGCGUGGCGCCCUCCUGCCAGUCAUCGGGAUGUUGUCAGCCGUCUUGCCCCACCCUGGUCUGCAGACCUGUCACCUGCAGCACCCCCUCCUGCUGACCAGAGUCUGCAAACCAGGUAUCUCUGACGCAGAUGGGACCCACCUGCCCCCUCCCAGCACCUGUUCUCUGUGACUGAAAUUCAGCAUAUGAGACAGGUAUGAAGCACGCCCAGACCACCCUGGGACUGUGGGCA